GGGGUGUGCGGUCCCGCCUCUUCCCUCUGCUGGCUCAGUGCGGACGUCCGUUAUGUUACAGUGUCGGACAGAGUGGGAGUCACGGUCCGAACUGACCCCGAAAAAGUUCUGAAAACACACAUUAAAGGUCCGAAGCGGCUCACCGCAAGACACUGACCCCAGAUCCUCCGUUAUACUGACACAGACACCCAUCACGCCCCCAGCACAGGUAGUCCCAGUCCGUCUCAACUCCGCGGGGCCCGGCGAGGCGCAGUGGGAGCAGAUGGAGCCUGCACCGGCGAAAGCGAAGCCGCAGGGCCGGCUCCUGGUGUCCACCCCACUGGACGCCAAGGACGAGCUGGAGGAGAGAUUGGAGCGCUGUGUUGGAAUCGUCCAGGCACUGACCAAUGGACUGUCAGAGAGGGAGGCCAAUGACGCGCUCACUGCCAACGCAUGUAAAGGUCAGCAACAGCAUGAGGAGGUGUGUUUAGGUCUGUUCACACUGGUCCUCACAGAGCCGGCUCAGGCCCAGAGGUGUUACAGGGACCUGACGCUGGUCAAUAGAGAUGGGAUGAACGUUGUGCUGGUUAAAAUCAACCAGAUCUUGAUGGAGAAGUUCCUGAAACUGCAGGAGGUCCCCCGAACACAGCUAGUGUGGCUGGUCAGAGAACUGGUGAAGAGUGGCGUGAUGGGAGCUGAUGGCGUCAUCAUGACAUUGCUGAAACAGAUUGCAGGUGGAGACAUCUCCACCAAAAACCUCUGGCUGGCUGAAAGUGUCCUGGACAUCCUGCUCGAGCAGAAAGAGUGGGUAUUGAAGAGCGGGAUGCUCAUAGCGAUGUCAGUCUACACUUACCUCCGGCUGAUUGUGGACCACGGAGCUCCAAACUUGCUGCCUCUGCGCCAGAAAGAAGUGGACUUCUGCAUCAGCAUGCUGAGGGAGAAGUUCAUGGAUUGUCUAAUCAUCGGCAGAGAUCUGGUUCGUCUGCUGCAAAAUGUUGCUCGGAUCCCAGAGAUGGAGCUGCUGUGGAGAGACCUGCUGCACAAUCCUCAAGUCCUGAGCCCUCAGUUCACAGGUGUCCUCCAACUACUGACGGCUCGGACCUCCAGGAAGUUUCUGGCCUGUCGACUCACACCAGACAUGGAGACCAAACUACUGUUCAUGACCUCCAGGGUGCGUUUUGGGCAGCAGAAACGGUAUCAGGACUGGUUUCAGAGACAGUACCUGUCCACAGCAGAGAGCCAAUCACUACGCUGUGAUCUGAUUCGUUACAUCUGCGGGGUAGUACAUCCAUCCAAUGAAGUCCUGAGCUCUGAUAUCCUGCCACGCUGGGCUAUUAUUGGCUGGCUGCUUACCACUUGCACGUCAAACGUGGCGGCCUCCAACGCUAAGCUGGCUCUCUUUUAUGAUUGGCUGUUCUUCAACCCUGAGAAGGACAGCAUCAUGAACAUAGAGCCAGCCAUUCUGGUGAUGCAUCACUCCAUGAAACCUCAUCCUGCCAUCACUGCUACACUGUUGGACUUCAUGUGCAGGAUCAUCCCUCAUUUCUUCCCUCCUUUGGAGUCUCAGGUCCGUCAGGGUGUCUUCAACUCGCUAAACUUCAUCAUGGAAAAGAGGGUCCUGGCUCACCUCGCUCCACUGUUUGAUAACCCAAAGCUGGACCGAGAGCUCCGGUCAAUGCUCAGAGAAAGAUUCCCCGAGUUCUGCAGCCCGCCAUCACCUCCUACUGAAGUGAAGAUGGAGGAGUCGGUUUCCAUGGAGAUGGACAACCAUGUGUUGGACAAGGAGGAGAGUUGCUACGACAACACAGAAGCAACUUUCAGUGACGAUGAGGAGGAAGUCAACAACAAAGGAAAAAAGAGGGAGUUCAGAUUUCAUCCAAUCAAAGAGGCUGUGAUGGAGGAGCCUGCUGAUAUCACACCCUGGCUUGACCAAUUAGAUGACACCAUGAAGGAGAAGGUGCAGCAGAUUCAGAAGACCAGUGACACAGAAACUCAGUGUGAGGUGAUGCAGGAGAUUGUGGAUCUAAUCCUGGAGGAGGACUUUGACACAGAGCAGAUGUCAGCUCUGGCUUCCUGUUUGGCUGAACUGUUCAAAGAUCAUUUUAGAGGAGAAGUCCUGCCAGAGGAGAUCACGGAGGAGUCCCUGGAGGAGUCGGUGUGUAAACCAGUUUGUCUGAUCUUCAGGAACCUCGUCACCAUGCAAGAGGACAACAGCGGUUUCUCAGUUCUGCUCGACAUGCUUGCUGAACUUUACCAGAAGCAGCCAAAGAUCGGAUAUCACCUGCUGUACUACCUGAAGGCUAGUAAAGCAGCAAAUGGGAAGAUGAUGUUGUAUGAGUCAUUUGCACAGGCGACGGCACUCGGUGACCUCCACACUUGUCUGAUGAUGGACAUGAAAGCUUGUCAGGAGGACGACGUCCGGCUACUCUGCUACCUCACACCCUCGAUUUACUCUGAGUUUCCAGAUGAGACGCUGCGGAGUGGCGAGCUUCUCAACAUGAUUGUCGCCGUUAUUGACUCCACACAGUUACAGGAGCUGAUGUGUCACGUGAUGAUGGGGAACCUGGUGAUGUUCCGGAAAGAUUCCGUGCUCAACAUCCUCAUUCAGUCACUCGAGUGGGAGACCUUCGAGCAAUAUAGCACCUGGCAGCUGUUUCUGGCCCACAGCAUUCCCCUGGAAACCAUCAUUCCCAUCUUGCAGCACCUCAAAUACAAAGAGCACCCUGAGGCCUUGUCCUGCCUGCUCCUGCAGCUUCGCAGAGAAAAGCCCAGCGAAGAGAUGGUGAAGAUGGUCCUGAGUCGUCCCUGUCACCCAGAGGACCAGUUCACCACUAGCAUCCUGAGACACUGGGCUACCAAAUACGACGACACCCUGGCAGAAAACAUAAAGGCCCAGCUGAUCAAGAACAACAACCAACCCCGCAAGAGACAGAGUCUUCGCAGUUCGAGCAGUAAACUGGCUCAGCUGACCCUGGAACAGAUCUUGGAGCACAUGGACAACCUCAGACUGAGUCUGAGCAACACCAAGAACAACUUCUUCACUCAGACUCCGAUACUUCAGGCUCUGCAGCACGUCCAGGCAAGCUGUGAUGAGGCCCACAAGAUGAGGUUCAGUGAUCUGUUCGCCCUGGCGGAGGAAUACGAGGACUCUCAGUCGAAGCCGCCAAAGUCACGCCGUAAAGCUCCAGCCUCAUCACCUCGUUCCAGGAAGGGAGUCGCUCCACCCACCAACAACGAGGAAGAAAGUGCAUCCAGCAGCGGCUCUGAGGAGGAGGACUCAAAGCCCAAAGCUCCAAAGAGGAAACGGAAAGGCUCAUCAGCUGUUGGUUCUGAUAGUGACUGAAGGAACCUUAAAACAAAAUCACAUGCCAGCUGCUCCACAUACUGGGAGAGGCCAUGUCUCCCUGAUGACAUGCAUUGACUGCUGCUGGAAGGUGGAGCUCUGAGAUGCUGCCAACUUUAACUCCAUGUGAUGAACUGACUUUUAAUGUGCUGUUUCCAUGGAGACCAGCAGUCAAAGGUCACUGUGUGAGGCUGAUCUCCUACAAUGCACUGGGGGAAGGAGUAACUCAGACUGAUUUUAACAGCAGACAUGAUGAUGAUGAUUUCUUUUUCCUUUUUUGGGGGGAUAGGUUGUACUUUUUUUGGAGGAUCCUCACUUCUUGCUGUUUUUAGCGCCUCCUUCCUGUUUGACUCCCUGCAGUAAAAGCUCCGUCAUGUCAUUGAAUUCUUUGUAUAAAAACUGAUGGUUGGUUUCAGACUCAGCUGUCUGUUAUUGGGAGUUCGAUGGGGGUGGAGGGGAAUGGGGUGUGCAGCAAAGGUCCUUUUAACACCUUUUGGUGGCAUUCAUCAGAUGCAGGAGGGUAAAAAACAGAACAGAUGAAGCAGCUCAGAAGUGAACUGACUUAAAGCUGAAUAAUAAAACGGUGAGAGCACCGAGCAGCCAGUGAGGAGUAGUGAUGUCAUUGCGUUUCUGUUCUAGCUGGACUCGGCCAAUAGCAGGACAGUUUAAGAAUUAAACAUCAUAUCACAAACUGCCCUGAGUAGGUUAAAUAUGAAGCCUGGUUUGGUCAGCUGAUCAUUACAUUUCACGAACUCUCCAGUGUUCAAAGUUUUUACUUUAAACUUUAAGACGGUUUUUAAGUUAUGUGACCUCUGAAAUAAAGAAUAAAAUACAGGGUGUAUCAUGAAGAAUCAUCAGAUUUCAAAGUACUUGAAUUCUGCAACUGUUCACCAGUAACCAUUAAAACACAUACAGCUUGAAAGAACAUAUUAUGGAGUUUCACAUGGUUCCUGGUGUUGCGCUAAAAAGUGAUUUCUUAUUUGCCAAAAAACCUGCAGACAUGCUCACCAUAUGGGCUGAGUUUGACUGUCAUAUUGACAUACGCUGUGUAUCUGGAGGGGACACAUUUAGCACUUGUGAACAUUGUGAAUAUUUUUGAUAUACCCUGUAUAAAAGAAAAGUCAGUGAAAAUGUCCAGAUGUCUUUAAAACAUGAAAUGAAGCAGGAGGAAUAUGGAGGUGGUCUUCAUCUGGAAACCUGAAGAAUAUGAAUGUAGUCUGGUUAAGUCAGCAUGGCCCCACCCCUUUUGUGAUAUCUGAGCGGUUGUUUACCAUGUAACAUAAAUCCUGUGUUAUCAGAAAGAAAUUUAAAUAAUGAAACAUAAGCAUGGGAUCAAUGUUGGAAAAAGUUCCUUAAACCAACAAAAAGUCACAGGGUUAUAAUGGUCUGUGAUAUUUUAAAAGAUUCAUUGAUACAAAAAAACAAUAAAAAAGCUUGUUCCUUAAAUCAAAUUCUUAGAUCACUGAAGGAGAAAACAGAUUAUAAAUAUGUAAAGGUUCCUAAAAUGUGAGAAAGAAAAGACACAAAAUAAAAUGUGUUUUUAAAAGCAUCAGACAUCCAAAAGAAAACAAAGUAGAAAAAAUAAAUAAAUUGAGAGGUGUGUAAAUCAGAUGAUUCCAGUGUAAUUAAGGUGGACUACACCUUUAACAGGUGUGUGGUGUCAUUGGCUGCUGCUCAAAUACACCUGAGGGUGAAGCCUGUGUGAUAUACGUUGAGCGUGUGCAGACAAACUAUCAGGUUGUUCUGGAAGCCUGAAGGUGUGGCUGUGAGGACGUGCUGCCCCCACCUGAGCGGUAUAUUGCCGAGAAAUAUCAAAGAGGCUCAACUAUAACAACAUUUUGGGAGGAAAGCACCAUAUCAGCCUUUAAGCCUAGAUCUUUGCAGACUCUGGUUCUGACCCCGGAGCAGAUCCCGAGUUUCUUUCUCCUACCCUGCAGUCCGCAACCUUAUCCGGUGUCCCCGGAGCGGACCAGACUGUCUCAUGAUGGUGAGAGCCCCCCCAAGAACCCACCUAGCCCUGCGUCCUCUCCCAGAUUCCACACACCCCUACCAGUCAUUCCCCCUCACACUGCCGCUGCUGCUGCAGAAUCUGCGGACGUAGACAUGGACCUGACCAUGCGUGCAGCCAUGUCGCUGUGUCACGUGCCGAAGGUGACCACGCCCUACGGUUUCCGCAAUGUGUUGGCUGUGAGCCCCUGCACACGGCGGCGGGAGUCCCUGUUUCAUCGGAACAAAGGAGACCCCCUCACUGUAUCUGACCCAGCAGACCUUGGUCCUGGUCCCAGUCCUAGGAGGCGUUCUAGGACUGCAUCACUGCAUCCCAUGAGGACUCUGGGUCUGCAGGUCAUUAAGGUGCUCCAGAGACCUGCAGCUGCUCUAAAAGCUCUGAGUCCUGCAAUCCAAAGGACUAUCUCCAAGUGAUGUCACAUGCAACCACACCCAUCUGACAGGUGGAGCAGUUCUGAAACUGCUGCUGGUUUUAAGCUGUUUUAAUAAAGUGUUUGAAUUACA